CCGUGGGAUGCGGGGAUCGCGCCCCCGGGACCGCUGAGCCUGCGCCCGCUGCCCCGAGCCCUGCGCCGAGCCGAGCCCGCGUCGCGCUGCAGCCGCCCACCCCGGGGCGCGGGCCAGGGACCAGCAGCUUCCCCCCAGGCAGCCUGAGGAGAGCCUGUGCCCCCAGAAGCAGGAUGAGAAGAUGGCAAACUUCCUGUUACCUCGGGGCACCAGCAGCUUCCGUAGGUUCACCCGGGAGUCCCUGGCGGCCAUCGAGAAGCGAAUGGCGGAAAAGCAGGCCCGAGGUUCAGCCACAUCACAGGAGAGUCGUGAGGGCCUGCCAGAGGAGGAGGCUCCCCAGCCCCAGCUGGACCUACAGGCCUCCAAAAAGCUGCCAGAUCUCUAUGGCAACCCACCCCGAGAGCUCAUUGGGGAGCCUCUGGAAGACCUGGACCCUUUCUAUAGUACCCAGAAGACCUUCAUCGUGCUGAAUAAGGGCAAAACCAUCUUCCGGUUCAGUGCGACCAAUGCCUUGUACAUCCUCAGCCCCUUCCACCCCGUGCGCAGAGCGGCUGUGAAGAUUCUGGUACAUUCGCUCUUCAGCAUGCUCAUCAUGUGUACCAUCCUGACCAACUGUGUGUUCAUGGCCCAGCACGACCCUCCGCCUUGGACCAAAUACGUUGAGUAUACCUUCACUGCCAUCUACACCUUUGAGUCUCUGGUCAAGAUUCUAGCUCGAGGCUUCUGUCUGCAUGCAUUCACCUUCCUUCGGGACCCAUGGAACUGGCUAGAUUUCAGUGUGAUAGUCAUGGCGUAUGUAUCAGAAAAUAUAAAGCUAGGCAAUUUGUCGGCUCUUCGAACUUUCAGAGUCCUGAGAGCUCUGAAAACUAUUUCGGUCAUUCCAGGCCUGAAGACAAUUGUGGGAGCCCUGAUCCAGUCUGUGAAGAAACUGGCUGAUGUGAUGGUCCUCACCGUCUUCUGCCUCAGUGUCUUUGCCCUCAUUGGCCUGCAGCUUUUCAUGGGCAACCUGAGGCACAAGUGUGUGCGCAACUUUACUGAGCUCAAUGGCACCAAUGGUUCUGUGGAGUUUGACGGCCAGGUCUGGGCCUCUCUGGACCUCUACCUCAAUGACCCAGACAAUUACCUGCUCAAGAAUGGCACCACUGAUGUGUUACUGUGUGGGAACAGCUCUGACGCCGGGACAUGUCCUGAGGGCUACCGGUGCCUGAAGGCAGGUGAGAACCCAGACCAUGGCUACACCAGCUUCGACUCCUUCGCCUGGGCCUUCCUUGCGCUCUUCCGCUUGAUGACACAGGAUUGUUGGGAACGCCUAUACCAGCAGACCCUGAGGUCUGCGGGGAAGAUCUACAUGAUUUUCUUCAUGCUUGUCAUAUUUCUGGGCUCCUUUUACCUGGUGAACUUGAUCCUGGCCGUGGUGGCCAUGGCCUAUGAGGAGCAAAACCAAGCCACUAUUGCUGAGACGGAGGAGAAGGAGAAACGCUUCCAAGAGGCCAUGGAAAUGCUCAAGAAAGAACAUGAGGCCCUCACCAUCAGGGCUGUGGAUACUGUGUCCCGUAGCUCCUUGGAAAUGUCCCCUUUGGCCCCAGUAACCAACCACGAGAGAAGGAGCAAGAGGAGGAAACGGCUGUCUUCCGGGACAGAGGAUGGUGGGGAUGACAGACUCCCCAAGUCUGACUCAGAAGAUGGUCCCAGAGCACUGAACCGACUCAGCCGGACAUCGAUGAAGGCCCGCUCCAGCCGGGGGAGUAUUUUCACCUUCCGAAGACGGGACCAGGGCUCCGAGGCCGAUUUCGCAGAUGAUGAAAACAGCACCGCAGGGGAGAGUGAGAGCCACCGCACGUCGCUGCUGGUGCCCUGGCCCCUGCGCCGUCCCAGUGCCCAGGGACAGCCCAGCCCUGGGACCCCAGCUCCUGCUCACGUCCUCAAUGGCAAAAGAAACAGCACUGUGGACUGCAAUGGGGUAGUUUCUUUGUUGGGGGCAGGUGACGCAGAGGCCACCUCCCCAGGGAGCCACCUUCUCCGCCCUAUGGUGCUGGAACGAGCCCCAGACACGACCACGCCAUCAGAGGAGCCAGGUGGGCCCCAGAUGCUGACCCCGCAGGCUCCGUGUGCAGACGGCUUUGAGGAGCCCGGAGCGCGGCAGCGGGCGCUCAGCGCCGUCAGCGUUCUCACUAGCGCCCUGGAAGAAUUGGAGGAGUCCCAUCGUAAGUGUCCACCGUGCUGGAACCGCUUUGCCCAGCGCUAUCUAAUCUGGGAGUGCUGCCCACUCUGGAUGUCCAUUAAGCAGAAGGUGAAGUUCGUGGUCAUGGACCCAUUUGCUGACCUCACUAUCACCAUGUGCAUUGUGCUCAACACGCUCUUCAUGGCUCUGGAGCACUACAACAUGACAGUCGAGUUUGAGGAGAUGCUGCAGGUUGGAAACCUGGUCUUCACAGGGAUCUUCACAGCAGAGAUGACCUUCAAGAUCAUUGCCCUUGACCCCUACUACUACUUCCAGCAGGGCUGGAACAUCUUUGACAGCAUUAUUGUCAUCCUUAGUCUCAUGGAGCUGGGACUGUCCCGCAUGGGCAACCUGUCUGUGCUGCGUUCCUUCCGCCUGCUGCGGGUCUUCAAGCUGGCCAAGUCCUGGCCCACCCUGAACAUGCUGAUCAAGAUCAUCGGGAACUCCGUUGGGGCCCUGGGCAACCUGACCCUGGUGCUAGCCAUCAUCGUCUUCAUCUUCGCCGUGGUGGGGAUGCAGCUCUUCGGGAAGAACUACUCAGAGCUGAGACACCGCAUCAGCGACUCUGGCCUCCUACCCCGUUGGCACAUGAUGGACUUCUUCCACGCCUUCCUCAUCAUCUUCCGCAUCCUCUGUGGAGAGUGGAUCGAGACCAUGUGGGACUGCAUGGAGGUGUCUGGGCAGUCACUGUGCUUGCUCGUCUUCCUGCUUGUCAUGGUCAUUGGCAACCUUGUGGUCUUGAACCUCUUCCUGGCCUUGCUGCUCAGCUCCUUCAGUGCAGACAACCUCACCGCCCCUGACGAGGAUGGGGAGAUGAACAACCUCCAGCUGGCUCUGGCCCGCAUCCAGCGGGGCCUGCGCUUCGUCAAGCGGACCACCUGGGACUUCUGCUGUGGGCUCCUGCGGAGGCGGCCUAAGAAGCCAGUGGCUCUAGCCGCCCACAGCCAGCUGCCCAGCUGUAUUACCGCCCCCAGGUCCCCGCCACCCCCAGAGGUGGAGAAGGCACCCCCAGCCCGCAAGGAAACACGAUUUGAGGAAGACAGGCGGCCCAGCCAGGGCACCCCUGGGGAUACAGAGCCAGUGUGUGUGCCCAUCGCCAUGGCUGAGUCAGAUACUGACGACCCAGAGGAGGAUGGAGACGACAGCCUUGGCACCGAGGAAGAAUCCAGCAAACAGGCCCCCGAGGACAGUUACUCAGAGGGUUCCACCGCUGACAUGACCAACACAGCCGACCUCCUGGAGCAAAUCCCAGACCUUGGUGAAGAUGUCAAGGACCCAGAGGACUGCUUCACUGAAGGCUGUGUCCGACGCUGUCCCUGCUGCACAGUAGACACAACGCAGGCCCCAGGGAAGGUCUGGUGGCGAUUGCGCAAGACCUGCUACCGCAUCGUCGAGCACAGCUGGUUCGAGACAUUCAUUAUCUUCAUGAUCCUGCUCAGCAGCGGAGCGCUGGCCUUUGAGGACAUCUACCUGGAGGAGCGGAAGACCAUCAGGGUUCUGCUGGAGUAUGCUGACAAGAUGUUCACCUAUGUCUUUGUGUUGGAGAUGCUGCUCAAGUGGGUGGCCUAUGGCUUCAAGAAGUACUUCACCAAUGCCUGGUGCUGGCUUGACUUCUUAAUUGUGGAUGUCUCGCUGAUCAGCCUUGUGGCCAACACCUUAGGUUUUGCUGAGAUGGGUCCCAUCAAGUCACUGAGGACACUGCGGGCACUACGACCCCUGAGGGCCUUGUCACGAUUUGAGGGCAUGAGGGUGGUGGUCAACGCGCUGGUGGGCGCCAUCCCCUCUAUCAUGAACGUCCUCCUCGUCUGCCUCAUCUUCUGGCUCAUCUUCAGCAUCAUGGGCGUGAACCUCUUCGCUGGAAAGUUUGGUAGGUGCAUCAACCAGACUGAGGGGGACCUGCCUCUGAACUACACCAUCGUGAACAACAAGAGUGAAUGUGAGUCCUUCAACGUGACUGGAGAACUGUACUGGACCAAGGUGAAAGUCAACUUUGACAACGUGGGGGCCGGGUACCUGGCCCUUCUGCAGGUGGCGACAUUUAAAGGCUGGAUGGACAUCAUGUAUGCAGCUGUGGAUUCCAGAGGGUAUGAGGAGCAGCCGCAGUGGGAAUACAACCUCUACAUGUACAUCUACUUCGUGGUUUUCAUCAUCUUCGGCUCCUUCUUCACCCUGAAUCUCUUUAUUGGUGUCAUUAUUGAUAACUUCAACCAACAGAAGAAAAAGUUAGGGGGUCAGGACAUCUUCAUGACAGAGGAGCAGAAGAAGUACUACAACGCCAUGAAGAAGCUGGGCUCUAAGAAGCCUCAGAAGCCUAUCCCACGGCCCCUGAACAAGUACCAGGGCUUCAUAUUCGACAUUGUGACCAAGCAGGCCUUCGACGUCACCAUCAUGUUCCUCAUCUGCUUAAACAUGGUGACCAUGAUGGUGGAGACAGAUGACCAGAGCCCUGAGAAGGUCAACAUCUUAGCCAAGAUCAACCUGCUCUUCGUGGGCAUCUUCACAGGCGAGUGCAUCAUCAAGAUGGCUGCCCUACGUCACUAUUACUUCACCAACAGCUGGAACAUCUUCGACUUCGUGGUUGUCAUCCUCUCCAUCGUGGGCACUGUCCUCUCUGACAUCAUCCAGAAGUACUUUUUCUCCCCGACGCUCUUCCGGGUCAUCCGUCUGGCCAGAAUCGGCCGCAUCCUCAGGCUGAUCCGAGGAGCCAAGGGGAUCCGAACACUGCUCUUUGCCCUCAUGAUGUCCCUGCCUGCCCUCUUCAACAUCGGCCUCCUGCUCUUCCUCGUCAUGUUCAUCUACUCCAUCUUCGGCAUGGCCAACUUUGCUUAUGUCAAGUGGGAAGCUGGCAUCGACGACAUGUUCAACUUCCAGACCUUCGCCAACAGCAUGCUGUGCCUUUUCCAGAUCACCACAUCAGCCGGCUGGGAUGGCCUCCUCAGCCCCAUCCUCAACACAGGCCCCCCGUACUGUGACCCCAACCUACCCAACAGCAAUGGCUCCCGGGGGAACUGUGGGAGCCCAGCAGUGGGCAUCCUCUUCUUCACCACCUACAUCAUCAUCUCCUUCCUCAUCGUGGUCAACAUGUACAUCGCCAUCAUCCUGGAGAACUUCAGUGUGGCCACCGAGGAGAGCACCGAGCCCCUGAGUGAAGAUGACUUUGACAUGUUCUAUGAGACCUGGGAGAAGUUCGACCCAGAGGCCACCCAGUUCAUUGAGUAUUUGGCCCUGUCUGACUUCGCAGACGCCUUGUCUGAACCACUCCGUAUCGCCAAGCCCAACCAGAUAAGCCUCAUCAACAUGGAUUUGCCCAUGGUGAGUGGGGAUCGUAUCCACUGUAUGGAUAUCCUGUUUGCCUUCACCAAGAGGGUGCUCGGGGAGUCCGGAGAAAUGGAUGCUCUGAAGAUCCAGAUGGAGGAGAAGUUCAUGGCAGCCAAUCCUUCCAAGAUCUCCUACGAGCCCAUCACCACCACCCUCCGACGAAAGCAUGAGGAAGUAUCAGCCACAGUCAUCCAGCGGGCCUUCCGGAGGCACCUGCUGCAACGGUCAGUGAAGCAUGCUUCCUUCCUCUUCCGCCAGCAAGCGGGCAGUGGCCUCUCGGAUGAGGAUGCUCCUGAACGAGAGGGUCUCAUUGCCUACAUGAUGAAUGAGAACUUCUCCCGGCGCAGCGGCCCACCCUCCAGCUCCUCCAUCUCCUCCACAUCCUUCCCCCCCUCCUACGACAGUGUCACGAGAGCCACCAGCGACAACCUCCCAGUGCGAGCGUCUGACUAUAGCCGUAGUGAAGAUCUUGCAGACUUCCCUCCAUCUCCAGAUAGGGACCGAGAAUCGAUAGUGUGAGCCUAUCCUAUCCACUGCUGGCCGUGGCAUACCUUGUUGUAUCGUGACAAACCUGAAUGCAGUUAAAACCAGUGUCGGCUGAGGCCUUCCUGGCUUUGGGCUUCAGAAGUGAUAGAUGACCCUUGAUUUGGAGGAACCACAAGGCAGAGUUCUGUGUCUCUGCGUUGAAGCCAGAAGCAGCUGCAGGAACCCCUAUUGGUAGAGGCCUAUCCCUGGAGGCCUGGCACACCCUAGUAGCCUAUCUGGCCAGGCUAUGAACAGCAACUCUGUCCCAGCCUCUGAAGUGGAAUGGAAAACACACUGUACAUGUUAUGAACAGGCUUUCAUAGAUUUAUUAUAUUUGAUAUUUUUUUUACUUGAGCAAAGAACAUCUUUUUCCAUGAACAUCUGCAGCAGUUCACACUGCCUCUUCUUAACCCUGAACAAGAGUGUCAAUUGAGCUGCCGGAACUCUGCUCUCAGAGCUAAGUGGGAUCCAGCUUGGCUUCCUCAGGCCUCAUGCCCAAAGGAGGAACCAGGAAGGCCUACUCCCUUCACUUACACACACACUCACAUACGUGUAUGCGCACACUUCACACACCGGGGCCAGACACAGGCCACAGGGGCCCAGGAUCCCCUCAGGCAAGUGUGGUGAGCUGCUCCAAGGGAGACAGGUUUGCCUCCUUUGCUCCCAAAGCGUGAGGUUCUUCCAGUGGUUCUCACUCUGCACCCGAGUUGUCCCCAGGAUUCCAUUUUCCUUUUUAUUCAGGCUUCACUGGGGUCAGUGCUACGAAAAUGAAAAGCUCCCUGACGAGCAGCCUAGGUCUCAGACAGACUGCUCUUUCUCCCUCUCCCAUAAGUAUUAAUGUUGGAGGCCGAGAAUAUGAGGGGGCCAGCCCCACUCACAGCCAGGCACUGGCUUGCUCCAGGGCUAUGGCAGGCCCUUUCGACAAGCCAAGGAAGAGAAGGCUGUUCCAUGUGGGCUGUUGAAUGGUGCCCAGCCCUGGCAGCUGCACAGUCCACCCGACAAAGAAAAUCACCGUUUCCCAGGCUCCCCUGGUGUUUCUCUGCCUCUGACCAUAUGUGGAGAGGAUUCCCAUCAGGCCCCAACUCCUCUUCAGACACUGGAAGUGGGAGGGGGAGCAGCCUUGCCUUGCCUAGAGAAAGGCCCUGGAUGGUCCUACCUGGGCCCUAGGAGGGGACACGCCAUUUAUCCCAUUAGGGGAGGAGGCAGUGUGGCAUCGAGACCCAGCACAUGGUCUGGAGUUGUCCGGACACAGGAUCCCUGAGGGCAGGGGUCUGACCAUCCCAGGAGUCUUCUGAGAAGGCUUUUUCAGGGAAAAAUGAUUUUACUGGUCCAAUUAUCCCCAUGACCUCUUCAGCUGCUGACAAUCCUAUUUAGCAUAUGCAAAUCUUUUUAAUGUAGAGAACCGCUGAGGUGACGUGAUUGGCUGGUGGAGCCUGAGCAGGCAGGGGCACGGCUGCCCAGGUCUAGCUCUCCAGCGGAGCCACCCUCGGCUGGGGGCACCCACCUCACAGGCCACCUCAGUCUCACUGCCCACUGCAGGCUGGCUGCUCCUACCUACCUCGCCAAGCUGUCGGAGGGCUGGACGCUCAUGGCAGUGCUGAAGAGGGGCGCUGUGGGCGAGUCAAGUAUUACCUUUCUUUUUAUCACCUCAAUUCCCUUGGUGGCAACCCCACCCACCCCUGGAGACUUAUCCAGUGUCCCCAUUAAGUCCAGUGUGGGGAGCUUGGUUUAACUGUCCUGGUGACGCUUCUCUGAGUGGAAAUCUUAUUUUUGUAGAUCUGUGCUUUGCUCUCAAGGCUUGGAGAGAAGUGUGUCCCUCCCUGGCACUCAUGUCAGGCUGCAUAGGCAGGAAUGUGACCUGGGGCUGGCCACAGACAGGACGACCAAGGGCAGGAGCCAGCUAGCCCCAACUCGUUGGCUCGACAUGGUCUCUUUUUCCAGAACUGUACAGCGAUGUGCAGGAGAGGAGAAGAAAGUAGACAGAAGGAGGAGGACAUGCAUAUAUGUCAGGUGGUGUCCGAAAUCAAUGAGCACUUCUCGCCAAGCUUC